AUACUACACAUAAUACUAUUUUUAUUCCAAAAAAAGAUGAUAGUUUUCAUAAUUUUGAUGAAGCAUGUGUAUUUGUAGAAGCCUAUACUACACAAACUAAUAUAGUUGUAAUCUUGGCAAAAACGACUAAAAAUCCUGACAACAGUGAUUAUAGACAGAAUGAACUGGGCAUAAUUGAGAAUCUUCAUGACAAUGAGCUUCAAAUAAAGGAUAUAUAUACCAUUUUAGACUCUUCGUCAGAGUUAACAGAAGUGCAAGGGCUUAACGAAAUUGAGAUGUUGCUCAGAACUUUGCAAAACAAUGAAAGUAUAAUAUCAAGUAUAGCAACUAAACCUGCGUAUAAUAAUAAGCAUGAUUAG